CACAGCUGCAAUCUGUAUAUGUGAUGGAAAUGACAACUGCUGUACAAAGCAAAAACAAUUUACGAUAUCAAACUGUCCUCUUCUGGAUGAAUGGAGUGUUACUACUGGCCAAAUCAAAUUUUCUGCUACAAAGAGACAGGUCAGAAAAAUUAGAGAAGUCACUGUCCAUGAAGAUUAUAAUGCUUCUGCAUUUAAUGAGAAUCAUUUUGAAACAUCUGGUCCAAACAUUGCACUACUGAGACUAGAUAGUCCCCUUCAACUGAACCGACAUACAAAGCCAGCUUCUUUACCAACUGGACUCUGUAAAGGAAAGACUGAUGCUGGAUGUCAAGCUGUUAUUAAACAUAUAAUACCCGAGUGGUCUUGUAAGACUGCAGGAUGGGGCCUUGAAGAUGGAAUGCCAAUAACGUCAGGGAAAUUAAAAUGGACAAAUGUCUACGCAAAGGAAAGUGAUGACAAAACUAUUACAUCUGAAUCAUUUGGGAAAAGCACUACAUGUAGAGGUGAUGCUGGCGCACCAUUGAUGUGCCAACCUAUCAAAAAUGAGCCCUAUGUUGUUCUCGGCAUUUCAAGUUAUGUUUUCCCAAAUGAUGCUUGUGGUAAAACUCCGGCGAAGACUACUCAUACAUCUUUACCAAGACAUCUGAAUUGGAUUCUUAAGCAUGUAACUGAAUUGAAUACCUGGGGUAAAUGGAGUAAAAGUGUUGACUGUGAUUGUGAUAGAAAGGAGAGACGGAGGAGUGCUUUCCUAAGAUCCAGAUCUUGUGUUUUCCCAGAGAAUGGAAUUACUACAAGGGCUGCAGAUGAACUCUAUCAACGAUUUCAACAUGACUGCUAUGAUGUUCAAAAAGAAUCAUGCGUCUGCUGGGAUAACAUGCCAUCUAAAUCAUGUAUGGACAACAUUGGGAUAUGUGGUGAACAUGGACAAUGUAAGAAUGGUGUCUGGUUCUUCCAAUGUGUCUGUGAUCCAUAUUAUUCAGGAGAACUUUGUGAUGUGAAAAAUGACCAAAUCUGCCCAAUGGAUUGUGGUGGGUAUUUGCUGGGUAAUAGAACAACAGCAUGCCUGAUACAUGAAGGGCAUCAAGCAUGUGAGUGUCCCAGUCAAGAAGUGGCAGAUAUAGGAUGCAUCCCAGUUGAAGGAUCACAUCCUGUGUAUUCUGGUGCAUCUAAAAAGUAAACUUCCUGGGAAAUGGUUCAACAAGAUAGAACAGAGACAUUCAACUUAAAUAUUUACACAGAGCCUAAAACUUUUCAUUUCUUGCUAUUGUAAUUGUUUUUUAUCUCUGUGUUAAUUAUAAGUUACUUUAAUACAGACACGGGAACAAGAGUUCAUCCCCUUCCCACUCACUAUGUAUAACUUAGAAAAAAGACAGGCUCCUAUCUCGGGAAAUCUAAGCCUCUACUUUAAUUGCUCAUAUCUCUGUCACUGAGUU